CGGUACAGAUGAGAUGGUUUCUCACCCGACUCCGCCAGGUCUAUCGCAUCGCUACCCAGCAUAGUGGCAGGUAGUUGAGAAACAACAAGGGUCCCAAGAUGUCCGGCUUCGAGGUCGUAGGCAUCGUCCUGGCCGUUCUGCCUCUGUUUGUCGAGGCUAGCAAGGCAUCCCAAAGCCUCCGUGGGGCUGCCUCGUCCACAUUGAGGGACGAGAAGCUGUCCGAGUUCUACGAAACCUUUUGGUGGGAGACGUACGAGCUGCAACAACAGAUGGAAAAAGUGGCCAUGGCGUUGCCAAAUUUAUCGGAGGAGAGGAAGAGGGAGAUCGUCGACAGCAGAGACCUGGACAGCUGGGCCCAAGCAGCAGACGUCGCACAAGCCCUUCAGGACUUUUUCCCGUCCCAGGAUGACUAUCUUGCGUUCCAGAAAGUCAUGGCUAAGGUGCUAGAACUUCUGGCUCGCCUCGUCAAAGACGAGACCGUACAUAUUUCCAAGUGCGAGACCGAUCAACGGAAAAUGUAUCAGAAACUCAAGAAGUUCCAGGAUGACCGGAACGCCAGCAGACUGUCCAGCGGUUUCCGCGAGCGCUUCCGCUUCCUCAGGAAGGAGAAGGACCGGGAGACCUGCCUGAAGAACCUCAAGACCUGGAAUAAGCGAAUUCGCGUCGUCGUGGACUCGGCAAACACUGCGGCUGAUCGGAGGAAGGCCGUGGCCAUCGCUGCCCCGGUAUCGCAGGCAUUAUCCCUGCUGAGGACCCUGUCCCAAAGACUGUUCAACGCGGUGUGGAAAUCCUGGUCCUGUGACUGCGCAGAAGGCUCGCAUGAGGCGCGCUUCUCCCUCGCGAGCUGCAACGGUGCGGCCAGCCCAAGAGAUCUCAAAGGCAGCCUGAGCCAGGCCGGGGUCGACAUCUCCUUCGACUUCCUGGUCUCCCGUUCUCAACCCCAGACGCCAUGGAAAUGGAGCGAGGGCACCGUCACAAUAAAGCCUGCGAGCAACAAAAAUGCUCAGAAUCGAGCCGAACUAGAGAGAAUCUGCGAUGCCAUACGGGACGCCUCCAGUUCUAACCACUGCCUCCAGCUUCUCGUCGAGGACUUUGAGCAGACGCAGCGAAUGUGGCGGCUCAACUGGCGAGACUCACGUCUGCAGUACGUGCAGACAAAGCCAGAUGUCUCGCUCCAGAUAAUGAUGCAGCGUUACCCAACACCUCCCCUAGUCGAACGGCGCCGCCUCGCUCUAAUUCUGGCUUACUCGGUCCUACAGCUGCACGAAAGCCCGUGGCUCUGCGAACAAUGGAGUAAGGAGAACAUACGCUUUUUCUCCACGGCCGGUGGCGUCGACUUGAGGCACCCCUACAUGAGCACCUCGUUCAACAAGUUCCCCUCGGGCACCGAGCCAUCUAGUCUCGACCGCUUUCACCGGCACCCGGGGAUCCUCCGACUUGGUAUUCUGCUCAUUGAAAUCCACCGCUGGAAGCCCCUCGAGGAUUUCUGGACCCCCGACGACCUCGUGGCCGGGAAGCCCACCGUGAAUACGGAUCUGCAGGUCGCGAGGCGUGUGCUGUGGUCGCAGGCUCUGGCAGAUUGCUUCCCUACCUAUCUGGGUGCCAUAGAUGCCUGCCUACAGGUGGCCUGGGCUCCCAGUGGCUCCAGGGUGAGCCUUGAGGAUACCGAGACGCAGGCGGGCAUAUACCGCGAUGUCAUUGAGCCCAUGGAAAGAGAGGCAGAGCUUGGUAAUUACUGUGCGGGAGAGAGAGCACCCUGAUAUAGCUGGUGUAAAUUUAAUCAUCUAGCGGGAAUACAAGGACGGAAGCUGUGAAGCCCACUACCCCAGAACAAAACCCAUAACCUGAACCAGACCCAGCCCUAAAACUCAGAGGCAACCAACAAAUACGACUGCAUCUGUUCAGGUUUCGGGGUUACGUACUGGAGCAGAGUUCCUGGAAGAUGUCCGCGUCCGGCUUGAGGAGAGUUCGGCAUCUCGACAGAGUCUCCACAAGAUUGGGAGCGGCGUGUAGCUAAUACCUAUAAGUCAUAGGCAAGCCGAUCAUGGUUCAAGAAAUUGGUUUAGGUAGAUACUGACAUUGGAAGCAAUCAUCAAGUCAUGCGCCGCCGGGUCGAAACCCUGCUCGACGGGGUUUGCCGCGAUGUCGCAGACCGCAAACCAAACUUGAGGUUGUCAACGG